AUGACUUGGAACAACUUAUCGAAAGCUAAUGAAACGUCAUUUCAUAAAAACAUAGUUGACAGCAAUUUGAAGGCGAUGUUGUUUUCAAGCAUAUUUGGAAGCAUUGCGGUACUCUCUUUCCUGGGCAAUCUCCUGCUAUGUCUUGUGAUCUGCAGACGUCGAAAGCGCCUUUCCAAGCCGUAUAACAUUUUGAUGAUAAAUCGCACAGCCAUGGAUAUGUUGAUAGGUUUGAAUUUUUUUCAAACAAAUGUAGUCAGAUUUUAAUCAUAACUCAUAACUUAUUUCUCCUUUGGCACAUGCGUUAUGGUAUACGUACAUCAUUCACCCUUUAUUUAAGCCUCGGAUUUACAGAGUAGCUGUAAAAGCUAUUUUAAAUAUCAUCGAGAAAGCGAAAACAAUAUAAUGAUACAAAAGAAAGAAAGGAAAAAAGGAAGCAGAAAAAGAACAAAUAUAAUAAGGGAAAAUGCAAAACUAUGAUAAAAAGAAAUUAACUGCUCAUUAGAUGAUUGUAUCAUUGUAUUUGCUUAAAUGAAAUUUGACGAGAUUUGAAUGUAAACUCGUUAAAGAAUGUCAUGGAUCUCAAGUCUUCAAUGAGUUAUUUCAUGUUUCAUGCAUAUCUAAAAAGAUUGGACUAAGUAUCUUUUUUGGCUUGUUUUUAUUUUAUCCGUAAGAAAGUAAACUAGGUUAGUGUUAUUGCGUGCGGUAAUUACUGUAUAGAUUACAUCUUUUCGUUCGAAAUACUAGUAGGAGCAAAAUAUCUGUUCUGGCCAUUGCGAACUGGCUAAACAUUAUUCUCCGGCUUUUCAGUAUCUCAGGCGUGUUUAUGAUGUUUACGAAGAACAGAAAACUCAGCAAAAUUUAACCGCUGCUGCUAUUAUAUUAUGCUUUCUGCUACAUCUUGUGAGGGUUAUUAUUUUCUGGAGUUGUUGGCCUUAAAAAAUGUUUUCUAUUGUAAAUUAAGAAGAUACUUUUGGUUUGACCGUAGAGUCUGUAGACUUUCAAACUUCGAGCAUGACAUCUAUUCCUGUUGCACUGGAACACUCAGCCAACAGGCGCGGAUCCAGGAUAUUUUUUAGGAGGGGGUGCACUGGUCUCUUGCUCUACUUCAACACCAAAAAACCACAUAGUUUUUUUUGCAGAAUACCAGUUGUAUUAGAAAACCGCAGGUCAUCUCGGGGGGGGGGCGGGGGGGGGGUGCACCCCCUGCACCCUCCCUCUAGAUCCCCCCUGGCCAAGAAAUUUUGAGACAAACCUAAAAGCGGCGCAUCCAUAGGAAGAAAAAAAGUGACAGGUUUUUAAAUAUAUUCGCUAUACUUGAAAACAGAUUAGAAUCCGCGAAAAAGGAGACUAUAGUAGCUGGGAACAGAGAGGUACACAAAAUAUUUAUGAAUUAAAGCCCAAGUGAGCCUGGCAUCCUUGUAUUGUGAAUCAACAUGACAUAAAAAAUGACAAUAAGACACUGGUAAAAUUUCUGGCGGUUUUUAAGUUAUACCAAAAUCUAGGCAGAAUGUUUCAUAUCUUGGAGUUUUUUUACCAUUUUACACUCAAGUCCACCUAAGAUAAAUAAAUCAAGUAAAACUGGCAAGAAUAGAUUUACUGAACAAAAAACUGACAAUUUCAAUUGACUAAAAAUAAAUCGACCAAUUGACAAAUUACAAACGACAGAUCGAAACGCACCACUACAUUGUACACGAGCACAAUGACACCACAACUUAACUGUCAGGCUACCAAUAACAUUUCGAUGUAAUUGACCAAUAAAGACAAUAUAUCCAGAGCUUUGAGAUACCAUCAACUUAUGAUACACAGCAAACUUUGACUCUGAAGAUGACUAGCACACAGGUUGUCUAAAUGUCAGCCACUAAUAUCCCAAAUUUAUUUUUGACCGGCCGAUGACGGGGCUUUUUCCCACCCUUCUCAUUCCCUGGGAGCAAGGUUAGACAAAUUGAAAAUACAAAAAGCAUUCAGCAAAGUAGCACCAAAAAGAAAACUGGUAUAAUGGUCGCACAAUGGGAUUCUGGACAUAGAGGUUAACGUCACCCGGAGAACUGUAUUUUUAUGUCUCCGCAAGUUAAAGGAUAAAAUAAACAGGCAGCAUCGAAGUUGGUGUCAUUUUUUAGUUCACUUUUAAGUCGUAUAAAUUUCUUGAUAGUGAUUUUUAACAUAUUUUAUUAAAAGAUGAAGAAUAUGGGCUGUUUAUGCAAAUAACACCUCAUUCGGUACUCAAUAAAAAAAUUAAUCUUCGUUUAUAAUUAAUAUCUAUGCCCCCUUGCUCGAUUGCCAAUAAAGCUACGUACUGAACAAUGCGCAUUGCUAAGAGUGAGCGAACUGAAAGAACACCGUUAUUUGACGACCGUUUAUUGAUAAUACCAUAUCAAAUCACACAAAACCCGGAGAUGAGAUUACGUUAUCCUAGCAAAGGUGAGAGCAAACAUCCCAAAAGCCCCGAUCGUAUAAAUUUCUUGAUAGUUUUACUAAUGACUUUUGACAUUUUAUUUAAAAAAUGAAGAAUAUCCAUUGGGCUGUUUAUGCAAAUAAUAUCUUAUUCGGCACUCAAUAAAAAAUUAAUCUUAGUUUAUAAUUAAAAGAAAACGAUAUUUUGUACUUUUUGAAGAUAUGCUGUUUUAUUUUUAACUUUUCAGUAGGCAUGGCGCCUUAAACUUUCGGUUAAGCAUUUCAAAAGAGACAGUCAGAAGAGAAGUUCCGUUCGAGAGUUAAUGCAUUGUUUUUAAUCAGUAGUCAGCAAAACACACAAACACACAGUACACAGUACAAUAAGAUCUUUGAAUGCUUGAUUAAUGCAGUGGCCUGGAUGCAACUUUGGUUUUCGGAACGUCCUGCGGCGCUGUCUUGAACGCUGCACAAUGAAAACUGUGGGCGGCACUCUUACAGAAUUAUUGCUUUACAGGAAGAAAUUUCGUGUGGUACUAUUCAAGGUCUCUUAAUAUCUUGAUAAAUUUAAAAUUCAACAUUUUUAACUUGAUACGAUCUUGUGCAGUUUUUUGCUUCUUUGUUACAAGAGAAUCGGGCAUUUUUUCUGUUGUUAUGUUGUCGGGCAAAAUUCAUUAACUACGGCAAUCAUAUGUUAUGUUUUAACAAAGAAAAAAUAAAUAAUAAUCGCGAUUAAGCAAUAGAUCUUAGCAUUUACACAAUAAAAUUUGCUCCCCAGAAGGAAGUAGGCUGUCUGAUAAAAAUUACCAUAUAAAUAUAAACUCUUCAACUAAAAAAAACCUUCCAAAGCAUUUCAGUUUAAAUCACACCCUUAACCGAAAGGUAAACACUGUCUUUUAAAAAGCUUAUUAAGCUCUGACUGUGUAGAAAAGUCAAGCCAUCGUUUUUACAGAGUAACAAAGUUUAAGGUACAUUUUUCUUCUCAAUGGUGGCAAUCAAGGUGUCGAAAAAAUACAAGUAAAAAUAUGACUUGGAGAAACUCGUCGAAAGCUAAUGAAACGUCGUUUCAUCAAAACAAAGUUGACAGCAAUUUGGAGGCAAUAUUAUAUAGAAGCAUAUUUGGAAGCAUCGCAGCACUCUCCUUCCUGGGCAAUCUUCUGCUAUGCCUUAUAAUCUGCAGACGUCGAAAGCUCCUUUCCAGGCCAUAUAACAUUUUGAUGUUAAAUCUUGCAGCCACAGAUAUGUUGACAGGUUUGAAUUUGUUUUUGCAAAUUUAGUCUGAUUUCAAUCAUAACUGAUAACUAAUUGCUUAAUUCUCCUUCGGGUACAUGCAUUGCAAAGUAUCUUUUUAGUUUGGUUUGAUUUUAACCAAGUUUUAAACGCAGCCUCUCCGUUUAACUUAUGGAAUAAAUUCUUAGGCUUUAUAAUUUAUGAAUGCAACACUUUGUUAACAGGUGCACCUAACGACCGAAUGUUUCCAAAUACGCCAGAAGUGUCUCAUAAGUUUCUCUAUUCUUUAGUGGACUGUUUGGUCAGUUUGGAGUUGCCCUAAAAACUAUUCAUCUGUUCGGAUGUCUUAGGGGAACUUUGGUCGUCACGAAAGUUUUUGGUGGCUUUUUCGUCUCAUCCGAAAGUGUUAGCUACCCUCAUGGGUCCGGGCGAACGUUCGAGGACAUGACGUAGCUGCUUUCAUUGAAAAUUAUAGUGGACAUUUCGUCUUUAUACCGAAAGUUUUAGGAGAAAUUUUUUUUAACAAUAAUCGCAAUAUCUUGAUAUUAAAAUGUGAAAACACAACCUCCGAAAAUCGUAGUUAGGCUAUUACAAAACCUCCGAAUAUUUGAGACAAAGUGGAACGGUUAUCCAAAAGUUUUUUUUAGCUUUUCUCAAGCUUUACAAAUUUCUAGGCAAUAUUUGCUCCUUCGAACAGUUAUUUUACAGAAUACAGUCGCUGGGUGCCCCUGUGUUAACCCUUUCAUCACUAAGAGAAUAAAGUUGAAUUUUUCUCCACUAUGUAAUUGAGAUGUUGACAAUCGGUUUUAAGAGAAAUAGAGAAAAACCAUACAACCUUAAGAGACUCUUAUAUUUAGCACGUUGUAGAUGAUUCUUUGAAUCAAGGUAAAUACAUUUUAUUUUAACAUAUAUUCCUUUGCCUAGAGCCCAAGUUUAUAUUGUAAGGAUUAUCCUUUAUUUUCUUGUACAAAAAGUCCAAAUUUAAGUGCAAGGCGUUUUUCAUUGAAACCCUGGCCUUAGACGUCUCCUUCUUGGAUUUCUUCUUUUUAAUAGACUCCCAGAGAGGACGGGAAAACAAUGUUAAGCGAAUAAUUAAAAAACAUACCACCUUACAACAAAAGCUAAGAAUUUCGCAAUCCUGUUGAUGUCGAGAAUCUUAUGUGUUUUGUAAUUAAUAAAUUAAUUCUGCAUGAGCUGAAGGGCUCCCCAACAGAUUCAUUUUGUCCUCAUUUAGUCCCCUGAAGCUUACAGAGAAAGAAAUGUCUUGAGUUAUGUGGAUAAAACUCCACCUUACAACAAAAGCUAAGAAUUUUGCAGUCCUGUCGGUAAUCCUUUAAAAAUGUUAGGGAUUUGUGAUAAGUUCUGCGUCAACUGAAGGGUGCCCAUUACAAUGUUGCGGUUUUUUUAUCGUGAAAAUUAAAUGAAACAUACGAUUAGACCGUCUUUAGGAAUCCAAGACUAUCCGGUAAUUUACUAUUUUAAUGAUUUAUGGCUAUUUUUGUUUUACUUUGUGGACUGAUAAAAGCUUUGGGAGGGUAAAACCUGAAAGGAAACCCACUGUUUGCCUAAAAUCAAUCAAUAUAACUCGCAUUAUUCAUAAAUUAUAUUUAUAGAUCGUUUUCACAUGACAACACGACGGUCGCUAUGUUGGAAUUCAAAAUCAAUUCGCCAGUUUGGAAACGAGAGGAAAACUGGGACGAGUUAACGUUCGCAAAGACUUCAGGGACUGUUACUGAGGACAGGGAAAAAAUUGGCCAAUAGCUGACCGCCACGUUUCCAGUAACCUCCUUUCUAAAGUGGCGAACGAAACGGCUGCUAUAUUGAUGUACCCCCAAAAUCCCGUGGGGAUUGAACUCUUUCUUACCAAAUUUGUAUAGCUACUCACCACGCGCCUGAGUGAAAUGAUCUAAUCUAUGACUUGUGUCCCUUGAAGCCUCAUAGCAUUUCUAAAAAUUAUUGGACAAACUUUCGUAAUUCUUACUGACGAUGUACUUGUACUAUUCCAUGGUUGACUAAUUUACAGGUAUUUGCAAAUAUAUUAUAAGUUAUAAGUUAAUCAAAGGCAAGUGACUUCCAGGGGAGUGUGCAGAUUGGUCCUUUGACAACAUUAUGACAUGAUCAUAUUGCUAGCAUAGACGAUACAGUAUGUCCCAGCAGAAAAACAGCAUUUUGAUAAAUGAGCAUGCGCUGAACCGUGAACCUGUCCCUUUAAUCAUGACUGUUCCCCUCAUUAACAGAUUCUAUCAUUCAAAUCAGUGCACAAACAGAACGUUUCUGUGACAUCGUGAGGAGUUUCAUUGAGAUGUCUGCCCCGGGGUUUCCGACAUUUUUUUCAGUGUCUGAGGAAGUGAGUUUCUGCAGAUAACAUCUGCCAUUGUUUUUAUAGAGACCAUUUUGUCACUGUGUAAUCAUAAACAUUGGCUAGAAAUAGCUGUCACUUAUGCAAACAAAGGAUAUCGAAGUCCUAUUUGCUAUUCAUCUUAGCUGUGACGUUUGUUUCAGAAUAUCCUUAUAACAAUUGCAUUAUCAUUUGUUUCGGCUGUGGUGAUAUUAAGAAUCAUGAGCACUUUCAGUUUACUCGAAAACUAUAAAGUGAACAGUACAUUUAAAAAUCUGACGAGAAACGAAACCGGCGAGGCCAGAGACUAUGGAACGUUGUUGAAAUCCACCUUUGGGAUUAUCGCAACUCUCUCUUUCUUUGGAAACAUGCUGCUAUGCCUGGUCAUAUUCAUGAAACGAUCGAUGUUAGCAAAACAAUACAAUAUUCUUAUCUGCAGCUUAGCAGUAACUGAUAUGCUAACAGGUAGGUCGCGGUAUAUGAAGCAUUUUCAUUCUUUUCUUUUCCUUUAAUUAUGUCAUAAAUUCAACAAUGCACUGUUGUACCCUCGUGAAGAGAGAAUUAAUUUCGUGGAGGGCAGGGUGUACAACAAGAUAAGUUUUAUUAAAUGCAAAUAAUAAAAACAGAUUUAUUAGAAGUAAGAAAGGAAAAAUUAAAAGUAUGCAAAUACAACAAACAGACGGAAGUUAAAGUCCUUGCUGUUGUCUGCAUGCGAGUUUGAUAAUCGCUCUUUAACUAUCUUCGGCCUUUUUACCACCCAGCCUAACUAAAAGAUACACAUAUAGUUCAAUGGUCCAUGUCACAGUACAUCAUGGAACAGUAAGUUCAUAUCUUCAUUAGAAGACACAUCGAGGAUUAUUGAAAAUAAUGCCAUCUGACGCUCCUUUCGCAAAAAAGGGCUUAGAACUUAUCAAAUUAUAUCAUGCAAAGAACACUACUGCGUAUCCUCAUCUUAAUCUGUUUUACAGCAUGACAUGCCUUUGUCAGUUUUGUCAGAUAACGUGUUUGUUCAGCGAUGCAUCUGUGCAGGUGAAGAAACCACGGUAUUCAUCUUGUUAAAACAAUGACUUUAUACGCUGCAGUUUUGCUUUGAAUCACGUCUAUUACAAAUUUGAAUGAAAUGGUAUGUUUCCGAAUAGAGUGAAUCAGAUCCUGGGGCAGAAAUUGUUCAAGUAAUUGUAUAAUAUGAUAGUUACUAGAGCCUUUCAUUUAUACAUGUGUAACGCUGUAAUAUAAUAUGAAGCCAAAAACCAUCUUCCUAGGAAAUACAUUUACCUACAGAAAAAAUCAUUUACUGAAAGCAAUUGCAAAUGAGUACUCGUCAUCAAUGGAAGGGUCAGUUCCAUAAGAAGUUGUGGACUGCAUCUUUUGCCCCCCUAUCUACAUACAAAUUCGCCAGAGUGAACUUUAAAUAUUUCCGUACAGAAUAAGUUAAGAGAAUUUAGCUAAAAAAUCAAAGCAUUCUUCUUUUGGUGUUCAUUUUAUCAUUUCUCUUUUUCUUUUUAUGUGCAAUUUCCUAAGCUUAUCCAAUAAAUUCGCUACGGUUUUCUGAAGGUUAGGCUUUUUUUGCAGAGAAAAGGAGACCCAAAAUUUUCGGAUUCAGAAAUUGGACGGAAUAUGAAAAAUUUUCACUUUCGUAUUAUACGUCAAGUUGCAUAUAGACCCAUUUUUUACAGCCUUAGCCUCAUUCUGAAGUAAUAUAUUCACAAAUUCCAACGAGAAAAAGACCUGUUUACUACUCUGUCUAUUGUGUAUAUUCAAAUUUCAAACACUUACUUGCCAGAAUUUCUGAAUAUUUUACUUUACGUCGAGGCUAACCCUGUAUGAAUGUGCCGUUAAUGUUUAUAUUCAGCGGCAAUUUUUAAUUCGACACUGGACUAUUUUCGGGAGAAUAAUGCUGAAGCCCUUGUAAUUUCGGGAAGACUGAGGUCCCCUAGGAUGACAGAACACAUACAAAGUUUAUAGGGCCGCUUAGAAUGCAUUUCUAGAGAUCUGAAAGUACACUGAAAAGCCUAAAAGAGUGUUAUUAUUGUAUUUAGCUAUACGGGGAAAACCGUCGUUGGGUGCCCCUGUCUUUUCUCUUGGUUAUGUAUUGAUAUCGUUUGGAGAAAAUUGAAGUUUAUCACUCUUGGGACAUAAAGUUGCUUUUCCCAUACAAAUCCUUCUAAUUUGCAGUCGCCGUUUUAACGCUAUUUCUGACGUUUAGCGUAUGAAAAGGUAGAUGCUAUCAGAUGCUAAACAUCAGAAAUAGCGUAUUCUAGUCUCCAGUUUUUGCUGUCAGAUUUUAAGACUCAUUUUCGAAUUUUGAGCGAUUUGACGAGGUUAAUAAAAUAAACUCACAUUAAUUGUACUUUUGUACUUGAAAAAAAUAUUAUAAAGGCUAAUGAAGCAAGUUUUUCCUGACCUCUUUGCAGGAAUAUUCCUUGUUGUUACACCAGACUACUUGAUUGACAGAAAAACCUUUCCCUACCCCUCUGGUUUGGCCGGCCAAAUCUACUGUCGUCUGAUUGGCUCAACAUACAUUCUGUAUAUUUUUGGAAAAGCUUCCACCUCGACCAUAAUGUGCCUUGCAAUCGAUCGUUGGUACUCCAUCGUUAAGCCGAUACGCUACAAGACUGCUUUCAGCAAACGCCGUCUUUACCUCUACAUCACCUUGAUCUGGACUUCUGCCGCCAUUACUCAGAUCAAUGAGCUGUUCAUCACCAAAGUGGAAGACGGACUGUGCACUUUUAUCACACCAUUUUAUGGCGCAAAGGCUGAACGCAUUCUGAUUCUGUUUCACGUGAUCAUCACGUUUUACAUUCCUAGUAUUGUCACGUGGAUGACCUUUGGACAUAUCUGGAUGCAUAUGCGACAGCCAAACAUUCGCCGUCACCUGGACAACAACAAAGCCACUAAACGUCUACUGCGCAUGUGUGCACUGGCAGCUUUUUUUCUGACCAUAUCCUGGCUCCCAGCAGAAACCUUUUUCAUUCUUUAUAAGUUUGAAAUUUUGAGAUUGCCUUUUAAGUUCUAUUUAUUCACGAGUAUUCUCGCAAUGUCCAACUCCUGCUUCAAUCCAUGGAUUUAUUGUCUAAGUAACAGAGAGUACCGAAGAGAGUUCAUCCGACUUCUCUGCUGCAUGAAAACGGAAAGCUCAAGGAUCAACAUAAAGUUCUUUGGUUUGAUUAAAAAGCGAAGAAGGCGAGAUUGUUCAUAUUCGGUCUCCACUUCCAGCAAAAGUUCAAGCAGCUUUUUGGUCAGUGAGGGGCCUUGCCUGCUCAGUUUGCGAGCUAUAACACGCGAAUCCAUGAAGACACAUGUAGCUUCGUACAACAACAUGGCAGCUUGCUCGGAUUGCAAUGAGAUCAAGGCUGUUUGAAUGAUACGACCAACAUCCACGAUACUAAGUCAUAGAGACCUAUCUCAACCCAUAACUUUCCAUGAAAAAAGAGCUUAAUCACUUGAAAACAGUUCACUUGUAAACAGACUCCUUUUCAGGCAGGUUGUCGUAACUCAUAAUUAACAAUUAAUGAAUGAGGCUGAGUAUCAGCGGAUAACACCCUCCGAGAUCUCCAUGAUUCUUCAUAUGAUAACAAAGCCGAAUUCAAUAAUUGUUUUAUUAUUCAUUCAAAAUAAUUCCUAGUUUAAAAACAUAGCUAAAACAAUCUUACCUGCAUCGAUGUUAAGUUUAUCUUCGAUAGUUUACGUUUAGGUUUGUCCAGCUCCGCAGAUAUUAUCCAAAUAGCAGAUGUCACCCUCCGAGUUGUCUUCUUGCUGUUUUUGCUAUAUUUUUUGCUAUUAUUACGCCUAGUUCCAGCUGUAGUUUUUACACUUGAAACGAGUGAAGUGUCCGCCAUUUUUAUUUUCACAACCAAAACAACUCAGCCUCGUUCCCACGGUGCCUCAACCUGUAAGAACGCUCCAUUUUUGACGUCAUUUCCUCGUUAAAGUCAAAAUUCUUCCAAAUUUGGUCAUCAGUAACUGGUUAUGUUGAAUUAUGCGUGUGCUUUUAGCCAAUCAGAAUUGGGGAAAUAUUUUUAAUGAAUAAUAAGGUUACUUAAUAGGUUUCAAAAACGUCCCACUCCUCUAAGAAAAGGACUCAAAGACCCUUAAUGGGAAAAGUAUUAGGAAGGGUAAUGAUAAAGAGAUAAUAUCUCUCUUGGAAUGGCACCUGUAGUGUUAAAAUAUCAUGUCCUUAAUGUCAAACGUUCAUCAGUGUAAGAGUCAAAGAGUAGAUCAUGUAUCACUUCAUCAAGUGUAUUUGUCAAUAUUUUAAAACGUUACUGGAGACAGCUUGUUUCUAUUAUCUAGUCAACCCCCGUUAUUGCGGCAACCUUGAGACCUUGAGUUAGUGCCCUCACCAGCGAUAGUCCGUAAUAUCGGGGUGCGACGAGAAUCAAACUUCCUUGAGAAAUAGAAUGAGAAUGGAGGGGUAUUCGAUAAAUGCACAUCUGCAAAAACAGAUGAAAUCUUUUGAAUUGGUGCCUGAAUGUUAAAAGAUGACGCUCAAAUUGCGCUAUCGGUAGCUUAAGAAGUGUCCGUAUGUUCGUAACAGCAAGACUCAGAGUCCGAAUACCGGGAGCUUGUUUCAGACAAACGUCUGUAAGUUUUACCGGGGAUUCAACUGCUUCCUGUAUUAUUCGCGUGUCCGCGCGUGAAUAGCAAGGUUUCCGCAAUGCAAGAGUUAACUGUAAACCGAAAGCACCAAUAACAAAACGACGUUAUUUUUAGUGCUAGAUUACAUUUGUUUUACAGAAAAUUAGGGGUGAAUAGUAUAGACCUCGCUCUCUACUGAAUACUGAAGUGAAAUGUACUAUAGGAUUUACUGAGUAAAAGCAAAGGCCACUGCUAACGUCGACGACCCUUAAUAUUAAAAGCACUGCAAAAUUAAAUACUAACGAAAUUUAAUUAGCAUUAACACAGGGAAACACAGGGUAACACAAGGAAACACAGGGUAACACAGCGUAAAACAGGGGAACACAGCCUAACAUACUGGGUAAAAAGGGAAACACAAGGGAACAAACCCUAGCACAGGGUAACACAAAGGGAAACACAGGGUAACACAAGAAAACACAGUCUAACAAACGGUAACCCACCGUGAAAAAGAGGGUAACACAGAGUACCACUGGGGAACACGGGGUAAAACAAGGUAACACAGAGUAACACAGGAAAACACAGGAUAACACAGGUUAACAUAAAGUAACACAAAAUAACAAAGGGUAACAGAGGGUAACACAACGUAACACAGAAGAACACAGGGUAAAACAGGGUAGCACAUUGUAACACGGUAACACAAGAUAACAUAGGGUACCAAACGGAAACAUAGAGGAACAGCGGGUAACACAGGGUAACACAACGUAACACAGGGUAACAGGGUAACAGAGGGUAACAAAAGGUAAGAGAGGGUAACAACAGAUAACAAAAGUAAACAGAGGGUAACAAAGGGCAACAAAAGGUAAAAAAGAAAAAUACGGGGUAACAAAAGGAAACAGUGGCUAACACAGAGUAACACAGGGUAACACAGGGUAACACAAGGUAACAAAGAGUAACAUAGCGUAACACAGGGUAACAAAGGAAAACACAGGGUAACAAAAGGAAAAAAAAAGGUAUCAAGAGGUACCAAGGAGUAACAACGGUAACAAGGGAUAACAAGGGGUAAAAAGGGUAACAAGGGGUAACAGGGGUAACAAGGGGUAACAAGGGUAACAAGGAUAACAAGGAUAACAAGGGUAACAAGGGGUAACAAGAGGUAACAAGGGUAACAAGGGUAACAAGGGGUAACAAGGGUAACAAGGGUAACAAGGGUAACAAGGGGUAACAAGUGGUAACAAGGGUAACAAGGGUAACAAGGGGUAACAGGGGUAACAACGGUAACAAGGGUAACAAGGGGUAACAAGGGAAACAAGGGUAACACAGGGGUAACAGCGGGAAAAAGAGGUAACAAGGGUAACAAGGGUAACAAGGGGUAAAAGGGGUAACAAGGGUAACAGGGGUAACAAGGGUAACAAGGGGUAACAAGGGUAAAAAGGGGUAACAGGGGUAACAAGGGGUAACAAGGGGUAACAAGGGUAACAAGGGUAAAAAGGGGUAACAAAGGGUAACAAGGGGUAACAAGGGGUAACAAGGGGUAAAAGGGGUAACAAGGGUAACAAGGGGUAACAAGGGGUAACAAGGGUAACAAGGGUAACAAGGGUAACAAGGGUAACAAGGGUAACAAGGGUAACAAGGGGUAACAAGGGUAACAAGGGUAACAAAGGGUAACAAGGGUAACAAGGGUAACAAGGGGUAACAAGGGUAACAAGGGGUAACAAAGGGGUAACAAGGGUAACAAGGGUAACAAGGGUAACAAGGGGUAACAAGGGUAACAAGGGUAACAAGGGGUAACAAGGGUAACAAGGGGUAACAAGGGGUAACAAGGGGUAACAAGGGUAACAAAGGGUAACAAGGGGUAACAAGGGUAACAAGGGGUAACAAGGGGUAAAAAGGGUAACAAGGGUAACAAGGGUAACAAGGGGUAACAAGGGUAACAAGGGGUAACAAAAGGGUAACAAGGGGUAACAAGGGUAACAAGGGUAACAAGGGGUAACAAGGGUAACAAGGGGUAACAAACAAACAAGGGUAACAAAGGGUAACAAAAAGGGGGUAACAAGGGGUAACAAGGGUAACAAGGGUAACAAGGGGUAACAAAGGGUAACAAGGGGUAACAAGGGUAACAAGGGUAACAAGGGUAAAAGGGGUAACAAGGGGUAAAAAGGGUAACAAGGGUAACAAGGGUAACAAGGGGUAACAAGGGGUAACAAGGGUAACAAGGGUAACAAGGGGAACAAGGGGUAACAAGGGGUAACAAAGGGUAAAAGGGGGUAACAAGGGUAACAAGGGGUAACAAGGGUAACAAGGGGUAACAAGGGGUAACAAAGGUAACAAGGGUAACAAGGGUAACAGGGGGUAACAAGGGUAACAAGGGUAACAAGGGGUAACAAGGGUAACAAGGGGUAACAAGGGUAACAAGGGUAACAAGGGGUAACAAGGGUAACAAGGGGUAACAAGGGGUAACAAGGGUAACAAGGGUAACAAGUAACAAGGGGUAACAAGGGUAACAAGGGGUAACAAGGGGUAACAAAGGGUAACAAGGGUAACAAGGGUAACAAGGGUAACAAGGGGUAACAAGGGUAACAAGGGGUAACAAAGGGUAACAAGGGUAACAAGGGUAACAAGGGGUAACAAGGGUAACAAAGGGUAACAAGGGUAACAAGGGUAACAAAGGGUAACAAGGGUAACAAGGGGUAACAAGGGGUAACAAGGGGUAACAAGGGUAACAAGGGGUAACAAGGGUAACAAGGGGUAACAAAAAGUAACAAGGGGGUAACAAGGGUAACAAGGGUAACAAGGGGUAACAACGGGUAACAAAGGGUAACAAGGGGUAACAAGGGUAACAAGGGUAACAAACAAGGGUAACAAGGGGUAACAAGGGGUAACAAGGGUAACAAGGGUAACAAAGGGUAACAAGGGGUAACAAGGGGUAACAAGGGUAACAAGGGUAACAAGGGUAACAAGGGUAACAAAGGGUAACAAGGGGUAACAAGGGUAACAAAGGGUAAAAAAAGGUAACCAGGGGCAACAACGGUAACAAGGGUAACAAGGGGUAACAAGGGUAACAAGGGGUAACAAGGGUAACAAGGGGUAACAAGGGUAACAAGGGGUAACAAGGGUAACAAGGGGUAACAAGGGUAACAAGGGGUAACAAGGGUAACAAGGGGUAAAAAGGGGUAACAAGGGUAACAAGGGUAACAAGGGGUAACAAGGGUAACAAGGGGAACAAAGGGGUAACAGGGGAAAAAAGAGGUAACAAGGGUAACAAGGGUAACAAGGGGUAACAGGGGGAACAAGGGUAACAGGGGUAACAAGGGUAACAAGGGGUAACAAGGGUAACAAGGGGUAACAAGGGUAACGAUAGGUGACAAGGGUAACAAGGAGUAACAAGGGUAACAAGGGUAACAAGGGGUAACAGGGGUAACAAGGGUAACAAGGGGUAACAAGGGUAACAAAGUGUAAAAAGGGGUAACAAGAGGUGACAAGGGUAACAAGGGGUAACAAGGGUAACAAGGGUAACAAGGGGUAACAGGGGUAACAAGGGUAAAAUGGGUUAACAAGGGUAACAAGGGGUAACAAGGGUAACAAUCGGUAACAAGGGUAACGAGGGGUAAGAAGGGUAAAAAGGGGUAACAAGGGGUAACAAGGGUAACAAGGGGUAACAAGGGGUAACAAAUGUUAACAAGGGUUAUAAGGGUAACAAGGGGUAACAAGGGUAACAAGGGGUAAUAAGGGUAAGAAGGGUAACAGGGGGUAACAAGGGGUCUCAAGGGUAACAAGGGUAACAAGGGUAAAAAGGCGUAACAGGUGGUAACAGGGGGUAACAAGGUUUAACAAGGGGUAACAAGGGUAACAAGAAGUAACAAGGGGUAACAAGCAGUAACAAGGGUAACAAGGGUAACAAGGGGUAACGAGGGCAACAAGGGUAACAAGGGUAACAAGAAGUAACAAGGGGUAACGAGCAGUAACAAGGGUAACAAGGGGUAAGAAGGGCAACAAGGGUAACAAGGGGUAACAAGGGGAACAAGGGUAACAAAGGGUAACAAGGGGUAACAAGGGUAAUAAGGGUAACAAGGGGUAACAAGGGUAACAAGGGUAACAAGGGGUAACAAGGGUAACAAGGGUAACAAGGGUAACAAGGGUAACAAGGGGUAACAAGGGGUAACAAGGGUAACAAGGGUAACAGGGGGCAACAAGGGGUAACAAGGUUAACAAGGGUAACAAGGGGUAACAAGGGUAAUAAGGGGUAACAAGGGGUAACAAGGGGUAACAAGGGUAACAAUUGGUAAAAAGGGGUAACAAGGGUAAUAACGGGUACAAGGGUAACACGGGGUAACAAGGGUAACAAUUGGAAACACAGUAUAAGAAAGGGUAACAGAGGGUAACAGAAGGUAAUCCAGGGUAACGCAGGGUAACACUGAGUAACAAAGGAUGUUACAGGUAGGAAAGCGUAACACAGGGUAUUACGGGGUAACACAGUGUAACACACGGUUACGCAGCCUAACGCAGGAGAACACAUUGUAACAAAUGGUAACAGAGUGUUACAGAGGCUAACAGCGGGUAAGACGGCUUAACACAGAGUAACACAGGGUAACAAGUGGUAAAACAGGGCAACAAAGGGUAACAGGGUAACAAAGGGUAAGCCAGGGCAACAGAGGGUAAUAGAGGGUAACAUAGGGGAACACAGGGAAACACAGGGUAACACAGAGUAACCAAGAAACAAAGGGUAACGCAAGGUAACACAGAGUAACACAAAGGGUAACACAGAGUAACAAAGGGUAACACAGGGUAAAAGAGGAUUACAAAUGGUAACACAGGGCAACAAAGGGUAACGUAGGGGAACAUAGGGUAACACAGAGUAACACAGGUUAACACAGGGUAACACAGGAUAACACAGGGUGUAACACAGUGGGGCAUAGGGUAACACAGAUGGUAACACAGGAUAACACAGGGUAACAUCUGCUAACACAGGAGGACACAGGGUAACACAUGGUAAAACAGAGUGACACAGUUAAUUGAUAACUUCUAAAUUACAAAUGAGAGUGAAGUUCAAUUUGUGUUUAAAAAUUACGCGGAAAACUCCUCUUUUUUCCGUCAAAAGUUCAACAUAGUAUGUCAUCACAUUAUCAAACUUCUCGAAGUUUGUCAGAGAUAUUGUGCUGCACGUCGUGCCUAAAACUUAAUUUACACAAGCAAAAAAAAACUUGCACGGCACCCCCAAAUUUUGUGUACCGAAGUCGCCAGUACGGUGCGAACAAUUUAGGGUGCCGUACCAAUUGUUUUGCUCAUAAUAGGGGUUUAAAUCAACUCUUUUCUCAGUGCUUGAUCUUGCGAAGAUUGAACCCUGUGUGGCAUGUUUCGAUCUAUUUCUUUCAACCAUUAAAGUAUUCCUAAUGACUGUUGGGUAUUAAAAAUAACGGUGCGAAAACAGCUGAAAAUAGCUUAUCAAGGACUGCCAAAUUUAGCUUCCGUCUUUAAAAGAUGAAAGCAAUUAGAAAUAGCCAGCUUGAAAUAGCCAACUUGUAAAUAAAUAGAAUCGAAAGCAAUCAUAUAUCUGAUGAUGUUUUCAAGUGAGGUGGUGGGAGUAUAAGCAAGCCCCCAGGGGAUCUUCACUUCCUUUUAAUUUUAAUAGAUGCAAGCAAUGUUUCGACUACGUGGAAAAUUUUAUUAUUUUACAUUUGGUUUUGACUGUACCUAUUUGAUUACGCUUGAUUUGCUAAAAGGUGAUACAGUAUUCUAAUACGUUGAUUUCUAAAGAUAAAAACCCGCCGAAGUUAAAUAUAGAAUAAAAAAAAUAAUUAACGCAUUUUACCUUUUAUAUGGAUAACAAGACUUACAACGAAAACGAGUGUUUUGUUCAGAACAAACACGAGACAAUUGCUGAAAGAGGAAUAGUCAUCAAUGCUAUGUAUGGAGUCAUCGCUUUUCUUUCAUUCACCAGUAAUUUGUUGCUUUGUUUGGCAUUGAUUAAAAAACGAAAGAUCUUGAAGACAUCACACGACUUUCUAAUAUUUAGCUUGGCGUUUACUGAUGCUCUCACAGGUAAGAUUCUUUUACCUUCGCCUUCAAUUAAUUACAAGGGCCGUUUGGAUGAGAUAUUUUCCUCUGCUUCAGUUUUUUAAAUAAGUAGUCAUUGCAUUGAAUAUAUAAUCUAACUUGAAAACAGUGGAAGCCAUCCCCAGCCUUAGUUUGCCAUUGAAGUGAGAUAGCCGAUAUGUGUGGCGAGGUACAAACAGAGAAUGUAUCCGUUGGGAUGAAAACUGUGGCGGUUAUAUGGAAUGUAGAAGUAGCGGUUAGUAGACGUUGGUUCGUAUUAAAUAUGGGCCGUUUAUGUGUACGUCAACACCUGAUUUCACAAGAAAAUGGAGUGAAUUGUUUUGCAUGUGCUCUGUUUAGCACUAAUUGAUAAUUAUAAAAUUGUACUAUAAGUUAACGCUAGAAAAGCAAAGAAGUACUGUUCUGGCGUUGAAAAUAUUAAGCAUACGUUCGUUGUAUUGCAACCUGGCAACAAAAGUCCCCAAAUGAAUAGAAAAAAAAAAUUAAAAAGUUUUGUUUCCGGAAAGAUUGCGUCCACUGUCGUCAAAACACCCUAAAGUUCUGUGUUGUAUAUCAGGGAGCUUAUGUUUCCAGAAAGAUUGUGUCCACUGUCAUCAAAACACGCUUAUUAAAGAGCACCGGAAGCCAGAAGAUUGAAUUCCUCCCAGUGAAUAGGCUUGCACACCUUUUAACCGCGCUGAAGAUAAGGCGAAGAACUCUUAUAGUUUUACAUUAAACAAUACAGGUUUGGUCAGUUUAUGACGCAGAGCUUUUAAUUAUGAAAAAUGAUUAAUUCUUUAUUAAUUAAACAUUUCGUGUGUCUGUUUCGUGCACCUGAAGUUCAAGGUAAUGUAAAUCUAAGGUAAUGUUACGCAAGACGAUUCGAUUUUUAGCGCAACACAGCGUUGCAAUGUUUAGAACAAAGUUGCAACUAUUCGAAAUCAUGUCGCAACAAUAUUGUAACGCUAUAUUGCGCUAAGAAUCAUCGUUACGAAUCGACCCGUGUAACAUCACCUUUGGGAACAGAUGUUUCAAUAUGGAACGCCUGUACUUUUCUCUAUCUUACCCGUAGUCGAUACUAACGUUUUGCUACUUGUUUUCUAUUUUUCAGGUCUUUUCAUAGUUAUUACCCCAAACUACGUCAUAAACUUAUCGUCGUACUCAGUCCCAGACGGUAUUGCAGGAGACAUAUUCUGUCGCCUUAUUUUUUCAAAAUUUUUCAUUUUUACGUUUGGUAAGGUUUCCGUUUUGACCAUCACCUGCCUGGCUGUUGAACGCUGGUUCGCGUUAACACGUCGUUGGAAAUAUCAAGCGUCCUUCUCCAGAAGGAAUCUUUACAGAUAUAUAACGUUUAUUUGGCUGGUUUCCAUGCUUGCCCAAAGCUACAAAUUAUUUUACGUGAGGUUUUCGCAUCGAUCGUGCUUCUUUAUUCCACUUUCAUCAUUAAACAGGAACGUAGAAAUCGCAGUCGUCAUCGUCUAUGUUUCAGUAACAUUUUUCGUUCCGACGAUCAUCACAUGGGCUGCCUUUUUUCACACAUACGUGAAAUUAUACAAAUCUCAGGCUCUGAAAGAAAACCGUGGGAGAAAAGAAAAACACCUGCUACUAAAAAUGUGUGCAAUAGCAUCUUUGAUGCUAACACUGUGUUGGUUUCCAACAGAAGUCUGUUAUGUUAUAAACCAAUUUGGAUUUCCUGUUCUAAACUUUGGCACCCCCUUUCGUGAGUUCACUGUGGCGCUUGCACUGGCGAAUUCCAUUGUUAAUCCCUGGAUUUAUGUUGUGUUAGACAGAAAGUACAGAUGCUUAAUUAUGGGAGUCUUUCGAUGAAUGUAUUUCCUCACCGAGCAACAUCAUGGCAGGCCCCGGGCGCUUUAGAUAAGUAGUUCUCUUGUACUGAUCAAGAUAUUUAUAAAUUAGCUGAUAAUCUUGACAAAGAUAACAAUAAAAAUGAACCAUUGCGAAGUUAGUAAUUAAUGCUGCAUGGGAACCCCUUUAUAACGUCUAAUUGUGAGAUUGUAAUUAGAACAUGCGACUAAACUAUAAACAUUUAUACGCGACCAAAGAUUAAAAGCAGGAUUUCCAAUUCUAUACCAAUAAAUACUUCAUAAGAAUAACCAGAAAGUCAUCUUAUUUUACAAGCGACAUACUAGCGGAUUUAUUCUAAAGCAACUAGAACGGAUGCCCCGCCUGUCAUAACCUGUUCCAGGUUUUUAGAUAGUGGAGAGUGUUUUACUUUUCUUUGCACCGUCUCCAUUAUCUGAAGGUCUGGACAAGCUGCGCCUGUGAUUCUUAUCACUAAAAACUUGGCUUAAAUGGUUGAUUCUCAAACGAUCCUUCGAUGUUGAAGUCUCUUUUAUUAACUGAACUGUUGGGGACAUUUAACACCUGUUUACAUGGAGGUUGGGGUCCCCAGACCCGCCUGUCCAUAUAAUCUCUCAUUUUAAUUUGAUCACGUUUACGUGUUAGGUAGGGUGACUCGCCACAUGUUAUCUCACCUAUCUGGUCCCCCACCUCCAUGUAAACGGGCCCUUACAGUGCGACUACUGUAACCGGGGCCACCUAGACAUAGUUGACCAAUCAGAUUACAGGAAAAUAAUAAUAAUAAUAAAUAGUCAAUUUUUGUCCGCGCUUCACUAUCUGAAUGCCUGGAACAGGCUGAUCUAGAUUUUUUUGCCCUCUUGACAGAUUAAGGGACGUUACUGAAACCUACGACGCGAUGAUAACAAAAACGUCAAAGAAGCGAUAGUUUUAAUGAGAAAAACAACAACCUUGCACGCACAUCACGAUUUUUUGUAAAUUUCAUUGCCCUCCCUGUACAACUACUAGAUCAGAUGGCCAAAUUUUAGGUUCACUUGAGAACGGGAACGGCAAGGCGAUAAGUUCUACCGUCUCCGUCUGAACUCGGGCGCAGUUCCUUCGCUUCAGCUGCAACAUAAAUUUUCUUCUUUUAAAUAACUGGGCGACUUGGUAUAUUCCCGAAAAAGUUCCAAAGGUUGCAAAGUCUAUUUUUCAACGACUUUUUCAUAAACGUCCCCGUUGUUGGAUCGUAAGGUCCCAAUUUAGGUACUUCAUCGUCGGCAAAUGUCAAUUUUUAAACUGGAACUGAUUCCAGCGCAGCAUGACAAAGCUACAAUCGCACAGUCAUGUAGUAUUCAUGUGUAUUGCGUGUUAAGCUCCGUGCAAACGGACGCAAGUUAUAGUUCAGUUUUUUUAUCAUGUUUGACAUUACCACGGCAUUCAUCAACUAUUAUGAUGAACAGGAUUCUGAUAUUUAGCUGUGAAUAUCCUAGUAAUUCAAGCUAAGAAGAUAUCAUUGUACCUUGUACUAAGAUUGCAGAGACAAAGCAAUGACUUCCCGCGGUAGCGUAUUCGGCAUGUUAUCUGGAAAAUUCGUAAUUGAUGCCGGCAAAAUUGAGCUGUUUACGUACGUCAUAAUCAGCGGAAGCUAAUGAUGAACUUGGAACACUGUAGCACAACAGUGAUCUAAUUGGAUAGUAAAUUAAUCUGUGUAAGGGUUAUGAAUGUUUUUUUUUUUCGCAAAACACAGAACUUUCCUUUGGUUAUAAAGCCCGAGAAAUUAUUCCUUAUGCUGCAACGUUUUGUAUAGAAAAAAAGUCUUCAUUGAUUUAGUUAGUUAAUCAUAUCUUCCCGUUGACUUUCUAAACUCUUUGUGAAACGCACACCUGCUCUAAAGAGACAGUGUAAACGUAAACAAUGUUAUAUUAAAUUUUCCAAGUACAAAUAGCAAUAAUACUGAUAAGAAUAACAUUUUGAAAUCUAUAUUAGGCACCGAAAAGAGUUGAAUUAAAUCCAAAGGGAAGUAAUGCUGCGAGAAUCUCUCAGGUUGAAUAACAGCGGGGAGAUAAUAUUCAGAAUCGACCACACUACAUGAAUGUAGUAAUACAAAAUACUCCAUUAAAAUGGUUUCACUUAAUAUUUCACCAAAAGUCUGAUCCUCACACUGCGACCUAAACAGUGCGAACAAAAGGGUGAAAAUUGUUUAUGAAUAUACAACGCUUUAUUCCAUCAUUGAAUCAUUUUAAGGUUAGCUGGUAAAUUAAAACAAAAAAAAGGAUUUUAGUCAACGAUUGAUAUUUGAAAACUUAUCGGUUAAUUCACUCUUCCAAGUCCUUAUCGAUACAAUAAGCAAAUCUCGGCUUCGAAUUAAAAAUUCUAAUUUUGGUCAUCGGCAAGCCUGAUACAUUAGUUCAUUUAAUUAGCAUAACAAAAAGUGUGAAUGUAAGGAACCAGCAGGUUCGUUUUAAGUCAAGUCUGUUUAAAUAAAUACCCACAGAAGUAGAGCUAAUGUAAUUUGGGCAAUAACGCAGGAAGAAAAUGCGUGUAAGCCUUUGAAAUAAGAAACUUUGGAGAGGCAUUCCGUUAAGAAAAUGCAACUAGAUCGUAGCCUUCAUUCCAUCAGAUCAUAACUCCGUUUCAUUAGAUUGUAAGUCAUAGAUAUCAUUUGUUUGUAAGCUUUACUCUACCAGUGGUUCAUUCUUCUAUGACAUUUGAUUGCACCUGAUUCAAUUGCGAAUUGGAUCGAUCGUUCUUCACUUUUAACCGUACUUCGCAGGAACUGCAAACAGUACUUGAACCUCACUUUUGGGGGACUAAUCUUUGAUGUACAAGGUGGCGAUAGUUCCAAGGGAUUCAGAUAUAUAUUCUCACCGAUAACAGUGAGUUUGCUCCCUUGGAUUAUAAGACAAAAUAGAAUUUCCUUAAUAGGCAUCCUAUUUCUAAUUGUGUUUAUUUUGAGCGUUGUUCGUAGUCAAAAACAAUCCGAACACCCUACGCUCUUUGCAAAGUCUUCGCCUUCUGAAACAAAAACAUUUUUUGUAAUAGGGGGGUAUAUGGGAUUCUGACUACUAAAGCCAAGUGUGAGUUUUAAGCGCGUGGUCAUUUUCUGGUGCUCAUAUAAGCAAUUUAACUUGACAAGUACCAUAGGUUAGUCCGAGAUCAAGAGUUCCAUACACAAGAACUCGAGCGAGGAAACUGUGCGAAUUGUUUACUUAUUACUAUCAGUUUUUUUAUUCGCUAUAAUCAUUAUAAAUUUCUCUCUGACUUAAAAAAGAUAUAGUUCCUAUGCAAACACAAUAGGGCCAUUUAUACGAGGAAAAAUAAGACACGUCUUAUAUAGGACGCGUCUUAAAUAAGACGCGAACUUUCCGUAUAAACGGCACAUUUCGUCUAAAAUAAGACGCGGCUUAGCUAACACGCGUCUUAUUUUAGAACAGCCCCUAAUGCCUGUUCUUAGAUAAGACGCGUCUUAGCUAAGACGAGAAAAACUUCGUAUAAAUGACCUUCGCGUCUUACAUAAGACGCGAACGAAAAGUACGCAUGCGUCAAUUUUUGGCGCGCCACGUUAGAUUGCCCUUGCUACGGGCAACAUUCACAUGAAAACGAGUCAAAAACAGAAAUAAGACACGAACCAUUUAUACGAGCUGUUCUCAUCUUAGAUAAGAUACGCUCGUAUAAAUGGUACAGUUCGCGUCUUAUUUAAGACGCGUCUUAUGUAAGACGCGUCUCAGAUUUUCCUCUUAUAAAUGGCCCUAUUGUCCUCACUAUUCCGCCUCACGAUUGCUACUGAUUAGUUUUUCUUUUCUAACUUUACUGUACCGUUUCUAGAUGUCAAACAGAAGAACAUCAACCUAUCUAUCAAAUAUCUCGUCACCGACUACACCUCGCGCUACAAAUGGUGCUUACUCCUAUCUGCUGCCAGUUGCCUUUGGUUUAAUUGCUGCCAUCGCUCUUAUUGGCAACGGUCUUCUUUGCGUUGUUAUACUGAAGAAUUAUCGGAUGCUUAGAUCUGCAUAUAACUUGCUGAUAUUCAGUCUGGCUGUGACAGACAUGCUAACAGGUAGAACGUUUUUAGAAAUCAGGUUCUUUGCCUUGUAAUUGACGAAGAAACCAUCGGACACAUGUAGACCUACAAAUUACCGAUUGUAACACUUUUACGAGUGUGAAAGAGGGUGUCUACUCUUAAGAUACGCACUGCACAUAAUAUCUUGGUUAGCAGCAUCAGACUUUCUUAUGCCAACAGAAAGUUGGACGUAUUUUGCAGGAUAUCGAGUUAACCACAUUAAAUAUGACGCUAAGGCCCGGUUCAGACGCAGAACUUUUCAUAGCCGAGUCAAAUUAUUUAGACCGGCGUAAUUGAUUCAGACGCCCACCUUAAUAUUGAAACAGGCGUUCCCUAUUGAUUCAGACGCCGAAAUUUUCAUGUUUCAAUGAUUAGGUUCUGCUCAUGAAAAGUUCGGCGUCUGAAGCGGACCUAGUACAAUUUAUUGAGGAAAUCAGAUAACAAGUGUUAAAAAAGUCAUGCAGUAGACAUCACAUUGACGAUGCCGAUCAUUGUAACAACUGAUGACUUCAUCUAAUUGUAAAUGUUAAAGACUCGCAACUGCCCUCUUUUCUUGAUCGGAAAGGAUGAUAUAAAAUAUGAGCGGUAAGAUCUAUUUGAUACGAGAAAGGACUAGUAAACUGUGAAAUCAUUACUCUCAAACACAAGAUAAAACAUGUCUAGUUUGGCAUAAGGAUAUGUCGACCUGUAAGACAUAUACUUGUUGAUAUUCUAGCAACCUCAUUCCUUAUCUCAUCUUUAUUUUCAAGGAGUGUUUAUUGCUGUGACGCCAAACUACCUCGUCUCCCUAAGCUCGUAUAAGGCUCCCGGUGGAUUACCUGGGGUAAUUUUUUGCAAAGUCAUUGGUUCCCAGUACUUCGUGUUUCUACUUGGUAAAGUGUCCUGUCUCACGGUCACGUGUCUUGCUGUGGAAAGGUGGUACUCUGUGGUUAAGCCUGUCAAAUAUCGACUCAAGUUUAAAAGACGACGAGUUUAUGUGUAUCUUUUGAUCAUGUGGAUAACCUGUCUUUUAUUGCAUUCAUUUGUACUAUUCGAAAUCACGCUUGACGAAAAAAACCUGCGAUGUGUGUGGAUAACAUCCGAUUUCCCCAAAAAACUAACAGUAAUGACAUACACCGUCGUGACAUUCUUUGUUCCAAAUACAGUUACUUGGGUUACUUAUCUUCACAUUUCUUUUGCGCUUAAGACGUCUCCAGCAAUUAAUAAACAUAAUGCGCGUUUCACUCGCACACGGUUUAAGCUUCUGCGCAUGUGUAUUAUAGUAGCCCUGCUUUUAACAAUAUGCUGGUUUCCAAAUCAGCUCUAUUAUGCCCUGUCUUCUUAUGACCUUGUUAGACUGGAGUCGCCUUUCCAUCACUUCACUAUCGUCCUUGCUAUGUUCAACUCGUGCACCAAUCCUGUCAUUUAUUGCUCCACAAACCGGGAUUAUAGAAAAGGGUUUCUUAUGCUACUUUGCCCUUUCUUUAAUUCCUGUCGAUGGAAGAAACGAAGAGAGAUAAAUCUAGCACAGGAAAACAGAUUGAGAGUAGCAAGUGGAGAAUUUGAAAUGGAAAAAUUUGACGGUGGUGUGAUGUUGACUUUUCGUAAUUUGGUCAAUCAAGGGUACGAAGUCGACGACUGCAAGCAACAGGAAACCAGUGGUGUUUGCAGUGAGCUUAUUUGA